GCGUAAAGUGGUAAACCGAAAUUAUAAGGAGAGGGAAUAAACGACGUUAUGACGGGUAAACACGAAUUUUGGAUCUUAGUCCGCGUUCUAUAAAUCCGGCAAGGCCUGCCUGUGAGACCAUCUCAAUUUCUUUUCUCUUUGUCGCAAAGAGAAGAGAUCUGCCUCCUUUUUAUCAAAUCUAUCUCUUCUUCAAGAAUAGUUGAAAAUGGGGCUGUCUUUCACCAAGUUGUUCAGCCGACUGUUUGCCAAGAAAGAGAUGCGUAUACUGAUGGUGGGUCUCGAUGCUGCGGGUAAGACCACCAUUCUGUACAAGCUCAAGCUUGGAGAGAUUGUCACCACCAUUCCCACCAUUGGGUUUAAUGUGGAAACUGUGGAAUAUAAGAACAUCAGCUUCACUGUCUGGGAUGUUGGAGGUCAGGACAAGAUCCGUCCUUUGUGGAGACAUUACUUCCAAAAUACACAAGGACUUAUUUUUGUGGUUGAUAGCAAUGACAGGGACCGAGUUGUUGAAGCUAGAGAUGAGUUGCAUAGAAUGUUGAAUGAGGAUGAGUUGAGAGAUGCUGUGCUUCUAGUUUUUGCCAACAAGCAAGAUCUUCCAAAUGCUAUGAAUGCUGCUGAGAUAACUGAUAAGCUUGGUCUUCAUUCCCUCCGGCAGCGUCACUGGUAUAUCCAGAGCACAUGUGCCACAUCUGGUGAAGGGCUCUAUGAAGGACUUGACUGGCUCUCAAACAACAUUGCAAACAAGGCAUAGAGAUUUGUUAGUUAAAUGCAAGGAAGUUGAGCUUACUUCGGCCAUUAUGAUCUCCAGUUUCUAAUUUUCUUGCCCUACUUAGAUUUUCAUUACUUGAGCAUGUAUUUUUCUUGAAAAAGAACAACGGUUUGCUACUGAAGAAUAAUUUGAAUUUUUUUCCAUGUAUAACCAAAUAGCAUUGUUUACUAUUUGAUUUGUGAAGUCAAUUGAAUUAUAUGAAACCUCGUAUUAUGUCUAUGAUUCUUA